CUUCCAUUGCUGCUGGUUGCUCACGGUGACAUGAUUGCCAAAUCUAUCGACCGACGGAAGCGUCAAAGCGAACUUAAGACAUCAUCCGGGCAAUGAAGGCUGGAUAAGAUAUCAUUGGGAUAUCGAAGGCGUAUGGCAACUGAAAGGCUUAUUUGUAUCACCAGUCAAGCUCUUUUGUUUUGGGCACUUGAUUCUUUGUGGCACUUGGCGCUUUUCACGGAAGAUUGGGCGUUGCACCUGCCGUUUGCUUUUACGUUUUGUUCAUCUGGUCAGCCUGCCACUCAUAGAAAAACUUGGCCGUCGCUUUGGAGCAUGCACGGGUUGAAAGACAGAGACAGCCUCCCGAAAAGAUCCAAGUAUCCCUGGUGAACGCGACAUAAGGUAUGGAUGACUAGCGCAACUCGAUAUCAUAUUUUUUUUUUUUUUUACUAAAGAGAA